AUGGGCUAUUCAUUGCAGGAGAUCGAUGACGAAGAUUUGAAUGAUUUAGAAGAGAGUCAGGUAACUACUGUAUCUAGUACCAAAAAUAAUAAGCAACCAUAUUUGUUGGAGUAUGGUAAGCUUGUUGCUAACGAGGUUUAUACAAAUGUGGAGGAAGGGAAUGAAUGUGCUAAGGACAUAAGCAAUGUAGAUAAAGUCAAUGAAAAUUUUGGAGUUAACAAAGACAAUAAAUGUGUUGGGGUUGAUAGAGAGAAUGGAAGUGUUGGGGUUGACAUAGGCUAUGAAAGAGUUGAGUUUGAGAGAGACAAUGCAACAAAUGAGGUUGAUAGAGGCAAUGAAAUUACUAGGGUUGACAUACAUAAUGAAGCUCAGAUAAACAGUGAAGCCAGUGAUAGUUAUUCUAAUGGGUUUGAUUUUCAUGGCAUGACUAUGAUGUAG